CGGAGAGGAGCUCUAGCACUGUGCCCCAGCCGGAUGACAAUUCUUGCGUGGAGGCUAGCAGCAGGUUGGCCAUCCCUCCGCAGACCGCCAUGCAGCACUGGGACUGAUCAGGUGGGACGCACAAAAAGACACGCGCGUGAACAGAGCUGUCACCAGCAACAGAGGAAGAGCGAGAGAACGGAAUACACACUUUGGUUGUGACGAGGCAAUCGCGGUCGUUAUUUCUGUUGUUCCGUGGCUACGCGUUGCCCUUUUUUUGGAGGAAGGAUUGGUGCGUAAUGUCAUUGAAAUGAAAUGACAACAAAGAUUUUUCUGCUCCAUAAUCGUGCUAUUCAAGACAUCAGUUGGCUUCACCUCCUGGCGCUUUCACUUGACUCAAAGACAUAGUCAGUGAAAGUCCAGUGAAUGACUGUUAGGUAUUUUCUUCAAAGGUCAUCUGCCCCUCUUCCUGUCCUCCUAUAGCAUGGCGAGAUGGAGGUUGGGAUGCUUUGGUUCAGGCCAUAUGUUUGCUGUCCUGAUUGUGGUAUCAACGAGUAUGUCCCUUGUACAAAGUAAUGACUGUCCCCAACUAUGUGUGUGUGAGAUCCGACCCUGGUUCACCCCACAGUCCACAUACAGAGAAGCUAUCACUGUGGACUGCAAUGACCUGCACCUGACACGCAUCCCUGGGAACCUCUCGAGUGAUACUCAGGUUCUCCUGCUGCAAAGCAACUAUAUUGCUAGGACCAGUGAAGAGCUGGAGCAACUUUUCAACCUCACAGAGCUGGACCUAUCGCAGAACAACUUCAGUAACAUUCAGGAUGUUGGCCUUGCAAAUAUGUCACAGCUCACAACACUUCAUUUAGAAGAGAACCAGAUCACAGAAAUGCCUGAUUACUGCCUACAGGACCUCCACAAUCUACAGGAGCUCUACAUUAACCACAAUCAGAUCAAUACCAUUUCUGGAAAUGCUUUCUCUGGACUCCAUAAUUUGCUAAGGCUUCACCUUAACUCCAAUAAGAUCAAAACCAUCAGCAGCCAGUGGUUUGAAUCAACGCCUAAUCUCGAGAUCCUCAUGAUUGGGGAAAAUCCUGUUCGUGGAAUUAUGGAUUUUAACUUCAAAUCUCUGGGCAACCUGAGGAGCCUGGUCUUGGCCGGUAUGGAUUUGACAGACAUCCCUGGAAAUGCCUUUGUGGGCCUCGACAACCUAGAAAGUCUUUCUUUCUACGAUAAUAAGUUAGCGAGAGUUCCUCAAAAAGCCCUUCAAAAACUACCUAACCUCAAGUUCUUGGAUUUAAACAAAAAUCCAGUGCACAAGAUCCAGGAAGGAGAUUUCAAAAACAUGUUAAAGCUAAAGGAGCUGGGUGUGAACAACAUGGAUGAGUUGGUUUCUAUCGACCACUACGCUCUGGAUAAUCUUCCUGAGCUCACUAAACUCGAGGCAACAAACAAUCACAAGUUCUCCUACAUCAACAGUCAUGCCUUCCAUGAUGUCCCAGCCUUGGAGAGUUUAAUGCUGAACAACAACGCACUGAAUGCCCUCUAUCAGUCCACCAUGGAUUCUCUUCCCAACUUGCGUGAAAUCAGCAUCCACAGCAACCCCUUUCGUUGUGACUGCGUUAUCCAAUGGAUGGGCACCAACCAGACUACUGUUCGUUUCAUGGAUCCUUUAUCUAUGAUUUGCGCUAUGCCGACAGAGGUCAGGGGUAUGCGUAUGCAGGACGUUCUGCAGAAGAACCUAGCAAACCAGUGCUUGCCAAUGAUUAGUCAUGAUACCGUUCCCAGUCACCUCAACGUAGACAUUGGCACGAGUAUAGACUUGGACUGCAGAGCCAUGUCCCAGCCUGUGCCAGAAAUCUAUUGGGUGACACCGACAGGGACCAAGGUCAUGAUAAACAGCCUAGCCGAUAAAUACAGCCUCAGCAGUGAAGGUACAUUGAGUAUUUCCCACAUGCAGGUUGAAGACUCUGGCAGGUACACUUGCGUGGCUCAGAAUUCACAAGGAGCUGACACAAGAGUGACAGCCAUACGGGUGAACGGCACUCUGCUAGACAACACUCAGCUUAUGAGAAUGUAUGUCAAACAGACAGAUUCACACUCAAUUCUGGUCUCCUGGAAGGUCAAUUCCACUGUAAUGAUCUCUAAUCUAAAGUGGUCCUCUGCCACCAUGAAAAUAGACAACCCACAUAUUACGUACACUGCCAAGGUUCCUGUAGAUGUUCAUGAGUAUAACCUCACUCAUUUGCAACCAGCAACCGAGUACGAGGUUUGCCUCACUGUCUCCAACAUCCAUCAGCAAACACAGAAGUCAUGCGUGAAUGUGACCACAAAACAAACGCCCUUCGCUGUGGAAGUGUCGGACCAAGCCACCAACAUGGCUCUGGCAGCAGUUAUGGGGACAAUGUUUGCAAUCAUCAGCUUGGCAUCCCUGAGUGUAUACAUUGUUAAGCGGUGGAAAAGGAAAAACUACCAUCAUUCCCUGAAAAAGUACAUGCAGAAAACCUCGUCCAUACCGUUAAAUGAGCUGUACCCCCCUCUCAUCAACCUGUGGGAGGCAGAUAGUGAAAAAGAGAAAGAAGGCUCCUCUGAGAGCAAACCUAGCCAGGUGGACACAACACGCAGCUACUACAUGUGGUGAGAGCAACCACUCAUUUUUCAAGGGACAUACUGUAUGUCAGAAGCACAUAAUGUAUAUGUGCAUGUAGAAGUGAACAAUCUUAUCUUUUCAUGUUUUAUUUUUUUCUUUGGAUCACUCAAAACUCAACAUUUCUGUUCCUUAGUUUAACAUAUUGCCUUUUUGACAGAAACUGGCAGCUUUCUUUGUCUUACCGAAUAAACUAGACCGGUAGAUUUAUUUUGAGUAUAUGUUUUGAGAACACAGCAUGAGUAUUGUCACAGAUUCAGUAGAUGUGCUAAAUCCACACUUUUACACUUGAUUCUCUAGCAGGAAUGUAAGGGUGCCAUCAUUCUCAUGUAAAUCAGUUUCACUAUUGACUGUUGUGCACUGAAAUAUAUCCACUGACUUGUCUAUAAACUCAAAUGUAAGCUGACAAAGUACGUUUAGACUUUAUAUACUGUCUAUUGGAUAAUGUUACCUAUUUCUAUGUAAUGUUGUAUCAACGAUUUCAGUUACGUUUUGUCCAUUAAUACUCAGAUACUUGGAUUUUGUUUGCGGCGCAACUACCGUAAACCAGCAAUAGAAACAGGAAUGUUUUAAACUAGGUGAAUUGAUGUAAGGCUUUCUACGUUUCUUUCAUACUUUUUAUCUUACUAGAAUAUAUCUACAAUCACUUUGCUUAUUGUUGUUGUUUACACACGAUUAUUGAAGA